GAACGUGUAUUCAUAACAAACAAAAAACUCGAUUGCUUUUGCGUUCGUUUGCAUUUUCUCAAAAUUUGUAAUUUGUAAUUUAGUCUUAAUCAGCCUGUUAGUUACAAUUAACUUUAUAGUCAGGUUGAGGAAAUCGUUUUCAUAAAUUUUGAAUUAAAAAAGUUUUGCAGCGAGAUGGAAGUCGAAUCCAACGAAGGCGAAAAAAAUCCACUGCAACAACAGUGUCGGCUUUGCCUGCAGUGGUUGCCGGAACCAAAAUGCAUCGAGCGUAUAGUAGACAUUUUUGACUCGGACACGAUUCUUUUGGAGAAAAUAGAAAAGUGUAUGGGUUAUACGAUCAGUGUGGACGAUAGCGUACGGGGCAUUUGUCGGAAUUGUGCCCAUACGGUUUGCUUGAUUGAUGAAUUUAGGAACCUGUGUCGCCGAACGAACCUCAUAUAUCACUCUAUUUUGGUGCUUCCGGAUGAAGACGACGAAGCGGAGUCCCGUUGGGAACAACAUAAUGACAUGAUACAAGGCACCAGAUCAUUCGUCCAGGGCCAAUGCAACAAACUGGACCAGACCAUUACUGAAAGUGGUGUCGAAGAGAAAGAUUUGGUGGCUGACCAGAUUGCUGAUGAAGAGUUGGAUGAUUUUUCUUUGGACAGUGAACUAAAGAAUGAUGCACAAAUGGAAGACGAACAACCUGAGAAAGUGAAGCAAGUCCGUUACAGCGUUGAGAGAUUAGAAAACAACGUGGAUCAAAAGAAGAAUAAAUGGUCGCCAAAAAAGGAAAAAGAGGAAAUAUCAACUAGAAUAAAAACAGAUACCGACCAAGACAAACCAACUAGAAUUAAAACAGAUAAAGAGAUUAAGAAGGAAGAUACCACAGAAGAUGUUGUGGUAGUUCCUAUGGAAGAUGCUAUAGGAGAUGAUCUACGUAGGAAAAAUUAUCCUAAUAGCUUGGAAGAAAAGUUACGGAUUGUGCAGGAGAUCAGAAAACAUCCCAUUUUGUGGGAUAAAGAGGAUGUUCAAUCAAGUUCGACGGAAGAACGUUUGCAAGUCUGGACCAAAAUUGCUACAAUAUGCGGAUUUAAAAUAGAUUCCAUCAAAAAGUUUUGGUUGGAUACAAGGACAAAAUAUCGGCAUCAACAUUUCGUCUAUAAGUCAAAAGAUGAUCUUGACCACAAUCUCAAGAAAUUGCUAGAUUCGUUCCUCCCAUCCUUUGAUACAGUACUGAUACAAUCCUACAACGGUAUUGUCCAGUCUGAGCCAAUUACCAAAGUAAACCCUGUUGAGGUUAAAACGAUCGAACCCCCCAUAUCGCAGGGUGCCCGAAAGAUCGAAUCACUGUAUGAUGUUUUCGCUCCGAAGACGACCCAAUUUAUAUGCAGUUAUCAGCGCUGUGGAAGGCUCUACACUUCGACCAAAGCCAGAGAUAGGCACGAAGAACUUGUCCAUCGCGUGGAAGUCUCACAGGAAACGGAACAGUAUGGAUGUCCCCUUUGUGAUCGAAUGUUUUCGACACAACAUUCAGCUGAUCUGCAUAUGAAAUUUGUUCAUAGAUAGAUUUAUCUCUGGAGUACACCGAUCUGUGAUUGAAUUUCUCCAUUAAAUUGAUAAAUAAUA